UGUGUGUAGGUGGGGAACCCAUGCGUGGAGCUGACUCUGUCGGAGCUGCAGGAGAUGGCCACACGGCAACAGCAACAGAUUGAUGCCCAACAGCAGAUGCUGGUUGCCAAGGUACUGGUACAAUAAUAUAAACAAUAAACAUCAUUAUCGACCUCACAGUGAUAGACCUUCUUUCCAACCAGGAACCGUAUUGACCUCACAUUCAGAAAACCCACUGAUGUCUAUACCUCUGAGAUGUCUGGCCAUGCUCAAAGUUUUUAUCCUCUGAGUUGAGUGGCUGUGUUGUGUUAGUUUGGGUCGUGUCCAUUAGAGCACACCGUAGCAAAACGCUUUAAAGCUUUUCUCAUUGGACAAGUCCGGGGUUGUCCCUUUUAUUUCAGUCCUUUUUUCGUCCAUUUGGUGCCUACUGAACAUGACCCCGUUGUGUUAUGGGAUUGGUGCCAUUUGAGUGUCCAGAGUGUAAAUCAUUCCGAUUGGUCACAGACAGUUGUUCUGGAUUGGCUCAGGUUUCAGCCUCUCUCUCUGUGGGCUCCAGCCAGUCAACAUGUGGGUCAGAAGGCUCAUCUAUAUAGUUAUGUAAUAUAUAGAUCCUCAGCUUCCACUGGACUGGGGGACAGGCACCGGGUCAGAGAGCAGGUCUAUAUGUUAUAGAUCUAUAGAUGGAUCCUCAGCUUCCACUGUCUGGGCUGGGCCAUACACCUGGCUCCUAUAUGUCACCAGGGAUCCUAUUCUCUCUAUAGGGAACAGGCCAGGAUGGGGAGGACUGGGGAGAUGAUUUACUGUGGUCUCAGACAGGGGGAUACCCGCUCACUGUCAAAGGGUUUAGAAGAAGAUCCAAAACAGAGGCUCAUCUGACAUGGCACCUUAACAUGCAAACAUGAGUGUUAAAGGUCAGGUGGACAGGGUAUGUAUCAUGUCAUGUCUUAAUAGAGUUGGUUGCAAAUCACAAACAGCAGUUGGGGUGGGAUGGGUUGGGUUGGGGAAGAGUGGGUGAACCUGGUUCCUCUAGGUUUCUUCCUUCUAGGGCGGUUUUACUGACCACUGUGCUUCUGCUUUUGCUUGCUCUUUGAUUGGUUGAUGGAAUGGGAUAUAGUUCACACAGGGUCUGUGGUUGAUCUGGUCACGUGCUGUGGUCAGCUUGUUGUGGUCAUUUAAAUACAACAAGCAGUUCCUAGAUCAGCUUGUAUGUGAUGUGUUCAGUCACGAUCUAGGUACAGGGUCAUGGUUACCAAGGUCAGUGCAGGUGGUGGCAGCGUGCGUCGCCAGGGACAACAAGCAGGGACAACAACAGGAAGGGACUAGAUGUCCGGCAGGAAAUGAGGUCAGCAGUGAGCAGCCAGCUGCUGGGAAGGAAGUGUGCUGUCUCUAGGAGGGGAUAAUAUGGAGAGGAACCUAGAGGGUUGAACAGUAUUUUACCACACCCAGUGCACUGGUCACUUCCCAGGAAUAUCUAAGUCAGAACAUACUGGAAACUCAAAUUCAGCACCAGGAAAGCAUUUACGUGUGACAUGACAUCAGGGGGACAUCUUGUCACGUAUUCUUUUAGUGUUUCAUUGAUCAUCACAUUUCCUUUACAAGGAGUUUGGAUCCGGUUGUGGGUUAGGUUUUGACUGAUAUUUCUCAUUCUGAAGGUAAAUAUGAUUGUCUUUUAUGAUGGGGCUGAAGAAACACUGCGAAUGUUCCAAUGUUGUCUGUUCUAUGAGAAGCCAUGAUGCCUUUCUCUGUGUUGAUGAUUGUAAUGAUUAGGAUAAUAAUGGUGAUGAAGUGGACUCCUAGAGGCUCAAUGUAGAUGAAUGUAUAAACUACACAGUUGUCAGUAUGGCAGCGUUUUAUUGAGUAAUAUUUGUUCACUGUAUUAGCAGUGUGUAUUAAUGUUCGUGAUUAGCUGUGAAUUUGGGUGUUUGCAUUGAGCGGGUUACCUCUCUCCUUCUAUUGAACAGUAGAUUGUGUUCAGUCAACACUCCCUCUCCUACUCUCUCUGUCUCUCUCUGUCAGAGCCUGCAUUGUGUUUGCUCAUUCUAGAGCAGACCUGAAAAUGCUUCAGUCAGCACCACAUAGUCUUGCAAUCCCUUUCAUUCGCUCUCAUUCACAUACUGAUGAGCUCUUCCUUCAUUCACUCACUCCACCACUUGUGUGUAUUUGGUAUGGAUUCGCUUCUCGUUAUUUAGAUUGUCUAUGUAUGUGAGUAUUAUUUGCAAGGCUGGUAUUUUUUUUGUAUUGGAAAAAAACAAGCCCUUUUCCUAUUUAGAUAAGAGAAAACUGGUUUGUGUAUUCUGUCUUCUCUGCGAGCCGGUGUGUUGAGUAGCUGAACAGGAUUCUAUUUCAUGUGCAUCUCUUGCUCCCUCUUUUCUCAAUCCUUUUUAAUUACCUUCUUUCUCUUUUCACUCUCUUUUUUCCUUUAACUUCUCCUUCCUCUUCAUCCUUUGUUCCUUUCAGCUCUCUUCUGUGCGAACGGAGGUGUGUGGCUGUGUAGAGUGUGUGUGUGUGAAUGUUAUUGUUUGUGUGUGUGUGCGCGUCAGUGUGUGUAAUUUAUCUGUCAUUGCACUGUGCUUGAAUGAAGUGGAGGAAUGCUUGCACUACAUUUUCCGUCCCACAUCUGUAACUCAUUGUUCCCUCUGUUCCUCCAACCCAACCCUCUCCUCUCCUGUCCUCUCUCUGUCUCCCCUGUCCUCUCUCUGUCCUCUCUCUGUCCUCUCCUCCCCUCUCUGUCCUCUCUCUGUCCUCUCCUCCCCUCUCUGUCCUCUCUCUGUCCUCGCUCUGUCCUCUCCCCUCCUCUCCUUUCAGGAGCAGUGUCUGAGGUACCUGCAGCAGCAGGACCACACACAGGGCCAGACGGUGUCGGAGGCUGAGAAGCUACAGAGGUUGAAGGAGCGAGUGGAGAGUCAGGAGGCCAAACUAAAGAAAAUCCGCGCCAUGAGGGGCCAGGUGGACUACAGCAAGCUCAUCAAUGGCAACCUGUGUAAGCAAUGUGAUUCAGUACGCAAAUGCACGCACAAACACACACACACGUGCGCGCACGCACACACCUGGUGGGAGGAGCUAUAGGAGGACAUGCUCAUUGUAAUGGCUGGAAUGGAAUUGAUGGAGCGGAGUCAAACAUGGUUUCCAUGUGUUUGAUACCGUUUCAUUAAUUCCAUUUCAGCCGUUACAAUGAGCCUGUUCUCCUAUAGCUCCUCCCACCAGCCUCCUCUGAUGGAGAACCCCAUCAUAGUGGAAUCUGGGCUCUGUUCAGCUGUCCAUGAUGUCAUCUCUUUCCCUAGUUCUGUCAGUUAGCCUGGAAUCUGACCCUCCCCAUAUUGUGGUCUGGAACUGGGUGUGUCUGGGUAUCUUAAAGUCCCAAUGUUCAUACUGUAACAGGGUGUAGUCCUGUUCUGUAUAACGUCCAAGGCUGCACCCUGUCUGCCACAUUCUGAUACUGGUACUCUGGAGAAAGGGGAGUUGUCCAUCCAGUCCACAACUUUCCAAUACACUCUAUUCACUCUUCUCUCUCAUACCAUCAGACUUGAAACAUGUAUGUUUUGAUUUCUCCCAACACACUCAUACACACAGCCAGUCCGUAUCUCACAGUGUACUGCAUCCCCUCUCCUCUCCCCAUGCAGCGGCUGAGAUCCAGCAUGUGAGUGGGCAGUUCCAGGAGAAGCAGGCAGAGCUGCAGUCAGCUGUGGUGAAGGUGGACCAGCUCACCCAGCAGCUGGAGGACCUGAGGAGGGGACGUCUCAACGGCCUGCAGCCCCUGGGAGGACCUCUCACUGGCACCGCCGCUCUGGAGCUACGCAAACUUUACCAGGAACUACAGGUACAUUUCCUGAAGAAAAUGUGUCUGCUCAGAAGUACUGUACACUUCAUCAGAUUCAUAUUUUGUUAGGAAGUUCCAGAUUAUGUAAUGAAAUGACACUUCAGAUUCAUAUUUUGCUAGGACGUUCCAGAUUAUGUAAUGAAAUGACACUUCAGAUUCAUAUUUUGCUAGGACGUUCCAGAUUAUGUAAUGAAAUGACACUUCAGAUUCAUAUUUUGCUAGGACGUUCCAGAUUAUGUAAUGAAAUGACACUUCAGGUUCAUAUUUUGCUAGGACGUUCCAGAUUAUGUAAUGAAAUGACACUUCAGAUUCAUAUUUUGUUAGGAAGUUCCAGAUUAUGUCAUCCAGCUGCAGAUCAGAUGAAGGAGAGGAGAUUAGAUUAGACAUUUUCAUUCUGAAGGACAUUUGUGACACUGACAUAAUAGAUGUCUCUCAGCGUUGUCUCUCCAUUCCUCAUCCUGCCAGGGCUUGAUUAAACAGAGACAGGACAGACAGGACAUCCAUCUGCCUCCUGGUUUGACUCACACUCAUUGUGUUCCAUGUUCCUUCUGUGUCUCUGUCAGGUGUGUAACAAGCUGAACGCGGAGCAGAGUGGCAGGCUACAGCAGAACAAGGAGCUGCUGAAUAAGCGCAACACGGAGGUGACCAUGAUGGACAAGCGCAUCGGGGACCUUCGCCAGCGCCUGCACAAGAAAAAAACUGAGGCAUGUCAAAAAGAGAUCAACUCAGUAAGACCAGGAAGAAACUCUCUGAAGUUCCCCAGAGAUACACAAUCUAUCUCAAUACCUUUGUGUUCUCACUCACUCUCAUACACACAGACCACCAGCAUAUACAGUAGCAUAGUAUGCCUACAUACUGUACAGUGCAUAGUGAAAGAACACACAGUUUUCACAUUUUGCUGCCUUAAAAACUAGCAUUUAUUAUUUUCAAAAUUUAACGCAACAAAAUGCUGAUAAGUUUCACUAGGCACUGUUUACACAUAUUUACGUAGUUGACUUUGCUCUCUGUCUCUUAACAACUCUCUGUAAUCAUUGUGAUUUUAACCACCGCUGUUUGGGCUGUGGAAGUAUAGCUGACAUUGUAUUUUGCCCUCUCUCGCUCCACUCCACAGCUUAACAGGAUCAACGGUCCUCCCUCCCCCCAGCCCACCCCCAGCAGCUCAGGCCGCGUGGCCGCGGUAUGUCCCUACAUCCAGGUGCCCGUCCCAGGCAGACAGGAGGGGGGCUACGCUCUGCUCCCAGACCCCUGUUAAACCACCGUCUGUCCCUGGGACUGGCACCGUCAGCCAUGGCCGCUCCAAAUCAGGUCAGUCCCUGCCCCACACUGCAGCUUUACCUACUUUAUCACUCUCAAACUACUGACUGUCAGACUAUAUCUGUCUAUUUGGGACACCUUGAUCUGAUCUGGACAGUCCUGAGAUUGCUAUGGUGUAGCUGGUAGAUGUUAGUUCAGAGUGGUAGCUACGCAUAACUCCUCUGAGCAGAUAUUUCAGUUCUAAACUCAUUAUAUUUUUUCUGAGUAUUUAAAAAUAAAUCUGACUCAGCGUUCUCUGACUUCCUGCCCUCUCUCAUGUCUGUCUGUGGACCUCUUCUUCUCCUACCCUUAUUCGUAUCGUCUGUUCUGUCGUGCCCGUUGUUGUUGUUGAUGUUGUGGUGUGUCACGAUUUGUGUGGUCGCGGGCUCAGCAGAGGAUGAAGGGUGCGGUUUGAGGAAGCCCUCCGGCCAAUGGAAGGUCUCAGAUUUAGACAUCAUAGUGGACCCCGUGGAGCUGAGAGAGGGGCCCCGGUCCCCCUCAGGGGCCCGCAGUGCCGACAGUGAGUCUGCAGCCAGGGGCUAGGGCAGCAGAAGGAGAGGGGCUUCAGUAACACGGCUUAAUAUCAACAACAUAAAUUUAGAUAGUUCUGUACAUGCAUGUAUAACAUAGUUAUAACUUCUACCUAAAACCAGUUUCACAUCCUUCCAUUCUUUUAUACAGAAUUAAAUAUACAGAUUGAGUGGGGUCUCAGUAACAAGGCCUCAGUAACAGGGCCCUAUAUUAUAAUAAUAUACACAUUUCAAGUUUCAAGUUUUAUUCGUUGUAUGUACACGAAACAUAUGGUAUACACCAUCCAAUGAAAUGCUUACUUGCAGGUUCCUUCUCGACAAUACAACAACAAUAAGACUUAGUAAAAGAUAACUACAUUGAGUGGGGCCUCAGUAACAGUGCCCUACUGCAACAACAUAACAUAGGAUAACAUUUACCUAAAACUAAUGCCACACCCUUGCCUUCCCUCCUUAUAUAAAAUAUGUACAAGUUGAAAUCAUUAUGUCAACUAUUGUGUUCAUCUUCAGUAGACCUAUGUGAGGUUCCAUUUCUUUCUGGCCUAGAACAUGUAUUUAUUUAUAUUGGAAUUCAUUGUCACUGUGUGAAUAUUUAUUUGCCCAAAAUACCACUGUCGGUAUGAACGGCCUCUAUUGCAUAAGGGGAAAAUGGUUAGGUAACAUGGUUUAUUUGAAUGGACAAAAAUGGACGUAUGACGUUAGAGAAGGGGUUACUGCGGCAUUGUUCUCCACCUCUUUGAAUGUAACAAGCCAAACAGGUCUCACAAACAGAACUCACAUGCAGUAGAGAGUGAAAUGAUGGGUUGUCUUUGAUGACUUGGGUUGCGCCCCAAAUGACACCCUGUUCCAUAUAUAGUGCACUACUUUUGACCAGAGCCCUAUGCAGGCCCUGGUCAAAAGUAGUGCCCUAUAUAGGGAGUAUGAUGCCAUUUCAGGUGUAGCCCUUCUAGUGAUCCCCUUUUAAUAGGGCUGGGCAGUUGUAAUGUUUGAAAGGGAGAGUAGCCAAAGCUCAGUUGGUACAGACACUGCAAUAGGUUUAAUAGGUAGUCUGGCAGACAGACAGACAGACAGGAUGCAGGGAAUAGUUUACCUCCAGACAGACUAUGUCUUAGAGAGAGAGAGAUCCUCUUGGAGGGAUAGACACUCUAAUCUCUUUAACCUGAUCAGAAUCAGGGACCAAAAUACACCCAGCACAUACACAUUGUAUUAGAACUGACCCUGUGUCCCUCAGGUCAGUCUGUAGGUAUGGAGGGCAACCUGUUCCUGUACUGUGCCAGUCUGUAGGUAUGGAGGGCAACCUGUUCCUGUACUGUGUCCAGUCUGUAGGUAUGGAGGGCAACCUGUUCCUGUACUGUGCCAGUCUGUAGGUAUGGAGGGCAACCUGUUCCUGUACUGUGCCAGUCUGUAGGUAUGGAGGGCAACCUGUUCCUGUACUGUGCCAGUCUGUAGGUAGGAGGGCAACCUGUUCCUGUAACUGUGCCAGUCUGUGUAGGAGGCAACCUGUUCCUGACUGUGUCAGUCUGUAUGUAUGGAGGGCAACCUGUUCUGUACUUGUGCCAGUCUGUAGUAUGGAGGCCACCUUUUCCUUACUGUGCCAGUCUGUAGGUAUGGAGGGCACCUGUUCCUGUCUUUGCCAGUCCCGUAGGUAUGAGAACACAAGGCAAAGAGAGCAACGUGAUCUAGAAAUUGAAACGUAUUAGCUACAGGUACUAGUUCUUCAGACAGACAGUGUGUUGUGUGUGUAACUGUACUUUCAGUUGCGUCAACAUUCUAUUGAUCACUUCACGAGACAACUAGAAUAUCACAGCCCAUCUUUCUCAACCGUUAUCCCGGAACACAGACUAUCUACCUGCUGUCUUUCGUUUACCCCUCUCUCUCUCUCUCUUUUUUACCUCUCUCUCUCUCUCUAUCUCUCUCUAUCUCUCUCUAUCUCUCUCUCUCUCUCUCUCUCUCUCUCUCUCUCUCUCUCUCUCUCUCUCCCUCUACCUCUACCUCUACCUCUACCUCUACCUCUACCUCUACCUCUACCUCUCCCUCUACCCCUCCUGUAGCCAAUGAAGCAGAGUGGCCCACCCUGAGAAAAAGUGUCUCCUCGAUCCAACCUUCAGAUUGGAGGAACACCAGCCCAGACCAGGUGAGAUCCCUGCUCCACCUCCCACUACUACAGUCAUUGGGUACAUCUCAAUAGUCUGUAGUGGCUUCCUAUCAUCGUCUCCUCUCUUUCAUCUGCAAUUAUAUUAAAUAACUAACCAUUAAAAGCAAUUCCUGGUAGGGAUUCUCCACCAUAUUGCUUUCACAGACCCUGUAUUUUUUUUAUACAUGCAGACAAAGGAGAGGACACAAGUAGAGGAAGCCACUUAAAACUAUUGAGAUGCAGCCGUUUCACUUUUGGCUCUUUCACACACUCCUUGGACUCUCUCCUUCCUACUGUCCUAUAAUGGAUGUUUAUCUAACUGGUUCACUGUGUUUCCCUCCACAGAGCCUUGACUCCAGUAAGCUACCAGGUGGAUCCGUGUCCAAACCACCACCCAUCUACGGGACCUACCCUGCACCUACUGGCCACCCAUCUAUAAUCUGCUCUACCAGCUCCCUGCCCAGGUCUACCCAUGCCUCCUUAGCCUGGCAGGGCUCAGCCCCUCCUGGUUUCUCCUCCCAGCAGAUCCAGCAGCGUAUCUCUUUCCCCCCCAGCCCCACACCCCAGUCAGGCCAGGGGGAGAGGAAGAGGCCUGACCCCCCGCUGGCCGUGGCUGUGAGGCCCUACGUCCCAGACCGGUCCUCCUCCAGGCCUCAGUCCCCCAGGAAGGGCCCUGCCACCAUGAACUCCUCCUCCAUCUACCACAUGUACCUGCAGCAGCCUGCAGCCAAGAACUACCCAGCAGGAGGCAGGUCUGCUGUCAAAGCAGGUAAACCCCUUCAAUCGAUGAACAUAAUAUUUUUUUAAGAGUCAGUCAGACCUGGGUUCUAAUAGUAUUUGAUUGCCUUCCAAUAAUUAAGCUGCACUUGAUUGAGCAUGCCUGGCACAGUGGGACCAAUGUAAUAGUUCCAAGAGUGCAAAGCACUCCAGGGAGGCUCAAUCAAACUCUCAAAGUAUUUGAAGAAAACAAAUAGCAUUUGAACCCUGGCCUGAUUCAGAUAAUGCUUGACUUUCCUGUUGGGUCUCAAUCUGUAUGGCUCAAUAUUAAUAUCCAUCUCCUUUUGUUUGAAGUGUAUGGGAAACCAGUGCUUCCCUCCAGCACCUCUCCCUCCCCUGUGCCCUUCCAGCACGGGGCCCUGUCCCCAAGAGGAGGGAGUGGAGAGGACAUGGUGGACAGGGAAGGGGACACCACAGAGGGUAGACUCCUACUCCCUCCCAGUGUGGAAAACAUCCCGCGGCCCCUGAGCCCCACCAAGCUGACCCCCGUGGCCCACUCCCCACUGCGCUACCAGAGCGACUCUGACCUGGAGGUCCUGCGCCGGCGGCUGACCAACGCACCGCGCCCGCUGAAGAAACGCAGCUCCAUCACAGAGCCAGAGGGCCCCACCGGACCCAACAUCCAGAAGCUCCUGUACCAGCGCUUCAACACCCUGGCCGGGGGCAUGGAGGGCAGCAACAGCACCCCCUUCUACCAGCCCGUCUUUAUGGGUGGUGUCCUGGGAUGUCCUGACGUAGACAACAUCAACACUUCUAACGGGAACCUGAUGGAGACCGCGUCCCUGGUCGUCACUGCGGCAGACGGUCCCAACUCAGACCAUCGCCGGUCCCCUUUCAUGUCCCCUUCCUUUGACUCAAAUGAGAACCAUCGGCAGAGGACACCCCCACCCAGUGAGACCGCUCCCCGCCUACCCAGCCCCCAGCCUAGCCUGGAAGACAACAACAACAACAACCAACCUGGUCCUACAAGCACCACCUCCACUCCCAGGCCCAGCCCCAUCCCAGAGGCCUCGGCUCCCCAACAGAAAGACACCUCUCCCCGGACUGUCACACCCUCUGCACUGCCUAAGGUCAGCCUGCGGAGCCACAGCUCCAUAAUGUAACAGCAUGCUUCCUUUCUGUAUGUCAUAAUUCAUAGGGUCAAGAGUUUCUCCUGGUCAGGUCACAGGGUCAGCAAAAAAAACAAUUAAGGUGCCACCAGCCACCUGUGUAUUAGCCAGAGAGUAACUCUACUUUCUCUAGAGGACUAACCUGAAGAAGCCUGAGUCAGAGCGGACAGGCCACGGGCUGCGGGUCAAGUUCAACCCCCUGGCCCUGCUACUGGACGCCUCUCUGGAGGGAGAGUUUGACUUGGUGCAGAGGAUCAUCUAUGAGGUAAUCAUAGGCUCUUCAAUUGAAUUCAAACUUUAUUGUCCCAGAAGAGAAAUUCAUUGUGUUGAGUCUUCUCAUUUUACAUGCCAGUCUGUCAGCCUGUGAGGGAUUUCAAACUGACUUCUAAAUCGUCUGCUCUUUAAAAAUGUUAAUGGCUUUUGUGACUGUUGAUAUAAAAAGGGCUUUAUCAAUACAUUUAUUUGAUUCAUGAAAUAAAUGUGCUUGAUUUAUCCUUUCCCCCAUGCAGGUUGAGAACCCCAGCACAGCCAAUGACGAGGGCAUCACCCCCCUGCACAAUGCUGUAUGUGCUGGACGUCACCACAUCGUCAAGUUCCUGCUCGACUUUGGGGUCAACGUCAAUGCUGCUGACAGCGACGGAUGGUGAGGACAAACACUGUGACCAUUUCUCAUUGACCUUUUUCUUUCACUUUCUCUCUUCUCUUUCUGUUAAACCUUAGCUGCAUUUAAAAUGGUCAAGACUUCACAAUGUGUCUGUCAUGUGUCCAGGACCCCACUACACUGUGCGGCUUCCUGUAACAGUGGGCAUCUCUGUAAGCUGCUGGUGGAGUCGGGGGCGGCCAUCUUUGCCACCACCAUCAGUGACGUGGAGACAGCGGCUGAUAAGUGUGAGGAGAUGGAGGACGGAUACACACAGUGUUCCCAGUUCCUCUUCGGUGAGUUGUGUUAUAUAGAGAGACAUGCGGCUCCUGUCUACGAACAACCCCUAGCCCCUAUAUCCUUACGCACUUUUGUAGAUCUGUGGGGCUCAAAAGAGCGCUAUGGGUCCUGUCCCCAAAACAACCCUUAACCCUACAGCCUACACUCUAGGCACUCGGGCUAGGAUAUGUAGAAUUGGAUAGGUAUUAGCAAUAUGUCGAAAGCUCCAUCUAAUUUAUAUGAAGGCAAGGCAAAGCAUCAACCUUGGUACCCGUCCAAUCCUUUCAGACCUACACUAGGGGCAAGGAGGUACGGACGAGGGGUUAUUUCUGGAUAGGGACAUUAUUUGUAUAAGGAAGGUUCAAUAGUGUUUCCUUCCAUGUGAACUGACCCUCUUUCUCUCUGUCCGUCCUCCAGAGCUGCAGGAGAAGCUGGGUGUGAUGAAUAAAGGGUCUGUGUAUGCUCUGUGGGACUACGAGGCCCAGAGCUCAGACGAGCUGUCCUUCCACGAGGGAGACGCCAUCACCACUCUGAGUCGCAGGGACGAUGCUGAGACAGAGUGGUGGUGGGCCAGGCUACAUGACAAGGAGGGCUACGUGCCACGCAACCUGCUAGGGGUAAGGACAGCCACCAUGAUGGAUACUACUAUGGUCUGAAUCACCAGGACGUUAAUAUCAUAGAGAUCCUGUAAUUCUGUUUAAUUCUGUGGUUAAUAUGUUGUAUCUAGGUAUAUAGAUUUCCUCAAUCUUGUUUGAAAUUAGAUGUUAAAUGUUAGUUGAAUUGGUUAGGAUCCCAAAUGACAGAAGCGGCAUCUCAAAAUAUUUGGUAAUAAAUCCUAAGUUGUACCUGCCUGUAGAAGAUGAAUUUCCAUGAUCGGAAAAUACAAUUAAUAAUAACGUUUUCUUCUUCUUCUUACAGUUGUAUCCAAGGAUCAAGCCUAGACAACGUUCUCUGGCAUAGAGAAGACAGUGCACGUUGCUGAGAAGGCAGUGCACGUUGUUGCGCUGUGACUGGGCCCUCUCUCUGUGCCAGUCUGUGCCACCCCAGAACAAAGGACAAGGGCCAGGGCAUGGACAGAGGGGGCCAUAUCCGGACAGAGACAGACAGACAGGCUCGGUAUUGGUGGUCACUUAACAAAGAGGAAGUAGAGGCAGUAUCCACGGCCCAGAGAUCUCUCUGUCUGCAUUUUUUAAGGUUUUGCACCCCCCCGUCAUUGGAUCAUGAAGCAAUGAAGCUCACUGGACCAUGAAGCAAUGAACGACUCCAACCGCCCUGCCACCACCUACUCAUUCAGAGAAUACUCUGAGCAGAGCUUCCCUCUUCCCCCUCUCACUCAGUGUUUGUCUCCUGUGUGUCAGUCAGAGUAAGGACUUGAAUGUGAUGAUCUCAGAGAAGGGAGCAGAGGACAUGGGCAGUCAUGACUUAGUAAAUGUGGGUUUUGCAGUAAGUGCUGUUAGGAGAUCAGAGUUCAAACCCUGGAGGUCAAAUCUUCAGGGUUUCAACAGAGGAAAGAAGGGAACAGAUAAGAUAAUGUUUUUACAAGAUGAGAAAAGGAAGGAAAGUGAAAGAAGGUGUUAUUCAAAGACUUUGAAGGCUGGUUAAAGCUACUAAAAUAUUUGUGGAAUGUUUAAAACAGUCAUACAAUGUUGGUGUUAUUUUUGCAAACCAAAAUGUGUUCUGAAGGAAUGAGUGGAAGAUGUAGUGCUGGGAUGGGAACGUGAGAGGGGCUGCGUUCUGUUCUACAGAUGCAAUAACUAUGAAGCUAACAAUGGGUGUGAAUUUAAACUAAGCUCAUCAAACACUCAUAAGCCUACAAUAUAUAAAUGCUUUAUCACCUAAAAAGGCCUAUAGUUGGAUCUCUCUUUGGAGUUCGUAUUAAUAUUGAGUUACAUUUUGGCAGACGUUUGUUCCCUAUUUUUGUUUUAGGUUGGUUGUUGUCUAUUUAAUACCUAUAAGGCGAAGUGAUACACAUUUAGAUCACUGAGUAUAGGCAUACCACAGGAGGUUGGUGGCACCUUAAUUGGGGAGGUUGGACUUGUGGUAAUCGCUGGAGCGGAAUAGUGGAAUGGUAUCAAAAACAGCAAACACAUGGUUUCCAUGUGUUUGAUGCCAUUCCAUUUGCUCCGUUCCAGCCAUUAUUGUGAGACGUCCUCCCCUCAGCAGCCUCCACUGAGCCAUACUGUACUGUCUUUGGUAUAGCCUACCUGUUGACCGACGCUGGCUUGAUCUAUAGCUUGUGUAUUACCAUCAGUUCUAUCGGAUAGUUUAUGUGACAAAACAAACACCAAACAGUAUGUAUCAUGAAAUGUAAAUGUACACAAUAAUAUUAUUAUUU